GUACUCCCGAUUGUUGGUACUUUAAGGAGCACCUGUUAUCCCAGCAUCCUUUGCGUGUCCAAUAUGGAAGAACUGGAGGUGGAGGUUCGAGGCUCCAACGGGGCAUAUUAUAAGGGCUUAGUCAAAGACAUCCACAAUGACUCCCUCACCAUUGCCUUUGAGAACAAUUGGCAACCAGAACGCCAGGUGCCCUUCAGUGAUGUCAGGAUGCCACCUCCUGCUGAUGCCAAGAAAGAGAUUAGAGAGGGUGAGGAGGUGGAGAUCCUUUCCCGGGCUAACGAGCUGGAACCUUGUGGCUGGUGGCUAGCUAAAGUCUGCAUGACGAAAGGAGAUUUCUUUGUUAUUGAGUAUGCUGCUUGUGAUGCCACCUACAAUGAGAUUGUCACCUUUGAGCGCUUGCGCCCAGUCAACACCAACAAGGCAAUCACUAAUAAUUACUUUCACAAGUGCAGUAUCACUAUUCCUCAGGAUCUUCAAGAAGCGUGUCAGACUGAUAAUGCCCAUAAAGACUUCAAGAAAGCUGUGGGAGCCUGUCAAGUGUCAUACUGUCCUGAGACCAGCAAGCUGAUCAUUUUGUCCACCAAUGAGUCAACAGUUAAGCGUGUGUCUUUGCUGAGUGACAUGCACCUCCGCAGCCUCAGAACCAAACUUAUGCUCAUGUCCCGCAACCAGGAAGCUACAAAACACCUUGAGAACUCUAGACAUCUGGUAUCAUCCUUCCAAGAAGAGUUUACGGUGAGGACAGAUUUAAUGGGGCUGGCAAUUGGCAGUCAUGGCAGUAACAUUCAGCAAGCAAGGAAAGUUGCAGGUGUCACCGCCAUUGAUUUGGAUGAGGAGACUGGCACCUUCAGAAUUUAUGGAGAGACAGCAGAAGCAGUGAAGAAGGCAAGAAACUUCCUAGAGUUUCUGGAGGAUUCUGUCCAGGUACCAAGAAACCUAGUUGGUAAAGUCAUUGGCAAGAAUGGAAAGGUCAUUCAGGAGAUUGUGGACAAGUCUGGAGUGGUGAGGGUCAGAAUAGAAGGAGACAAUGACAACAAGCAACCCCGACAAGAAGUGAGACAGGGAAUGGUCCCCUUCACCUUUGUCGGAACUAAGGAGAGUAUUGGAAAUGUCCAAGUCUUGCUGGAGUACCACAUCUCAUACCUCAAUGAGGUUGAGCAACUUCGUCUGGAGCGGAUGCAGAUUGAUGAGCAGUUGCGUCAGCUUACGCAAGGCCACCGACCUGGGGACAGGGAGAGAGGAGGAGGGGCAUAUAACACAGACGGCAGUGCCAAUGUGUCGUCGUCCUCAUCUCAUGUUGGACGUUCCUACAACAACCGAGGCCGUGGGCGCAGAGGCCACGGCUACAAUUCUGGAUAUGGCACCAACUCUGAGCACUCCAAUGCGUCGGAGACUGACUCUGAGCGUCGAGAUGAAAUCGGUGAUUGGUCUCAAGCCACUGAGGAUCAAGUGAGGGAGAGGGACAGAGGCCAGCGUCCACAGAGAGAUAAUCGCAGGAGACCAGGACCUGGCAGAGGAAGAGGAGGACGAGGGAGAGGAGGAUAUAAUAAUAGCGCAGCAGGGCCUCGGGGUGGCAACACAGAGACAAACACUGAGACAGACCAGACGGCCGACACAGAUGCUAGUGAGUCCAACUUGCUUGCGACUCGCCAGCGAAAAUCUCGCCGACGUCGAACAGAUGAGGACACCACACUGAUGGAUGGGAUGAGUGAAUCGGACAACGCUUCUAUGAGUGAAAAUGGAAUAGAUGACUCUGAAGCUCAACCUCAGCGUCGUAAUCGUAGUCGACGGCGUCGUAUUCGUCUGCCUGAAGAAAGGCAGCCAGUGACAGUGGCCGACUUCAUGUCCAGGGCUGACUCUCAGAGCAGACAGAUGACAACCAAGGAUCAUGAGAUGAAGAAGGAUGAGGGUAAGGUGGAUUCCAUACCAGAGCACAGCCCAGAGUCCCCUUCCACAGCUGCCAAUGGUUCGGACAAAAGUGCCACCCAAGAUAAAAGGUCUUCCACUGAGGCGUCCACCAAAAUCACUGAAGAAGGGGACUCUAACCCCGAACCUGUUGUUAAUGGCCUCUCAUAGUCAGACCCAAAACUUGGUUUCAAAUAUUUCAGCUUGUCUGGCAUCGUUUGAAAUCUCACGCUUUUGUGUGAAUCUUGUUUUAAAUGGAGCAAGAAUCUUGUUUUGUUACUUUGAAAUUUGAAAUAGUGCACAAUUUAAUGGUCUCUAUUCACACCACUCCUUCACACUCUUGUCCAACCAUCCAUGCAGUUCGUCUUUUUCCAGUAAGUUCUUCCGGUGUAAGCUGGCCAAAGAUAGUCUAACCCAUACAUGAUAUAUAUGUCCAUUUCCAUCUGGAGCAAUGACUGUGAAUGCAGUAUUUGGAAAUAGUAGUCAGGGAUUCCACUCCAACCCAUACUGUGGUAUUAAUGCAGCUGUUUUUUGGGGGCGGGGGUUACAUCUUAGCAGGGUUAUUGUUAAAGUCUACCUUCGCCAGGUAGACCUCAAAAACACUUUCUGGAAAUUUUGUGUGUCUGAAGUAGUUUGUACUUCUAAUUGUUGUGCAUGAGCAAUACCACAGUUGCAGACAGACUUAUUGGAAGCCCUGUGUACUUGACAUUGACGUGAUCAGCUGUCGUGCCUUGAGAAUAGUUUGAACAUGUUGCCUGAACCGCACAAUAUCUGAAAUCUUUUCACUUGUGUUUGGUGGUUACGGUCGGGUCACAUGAGCGCUUUUUCUAAAAUGCUCAGUUGCCACUACGAAGUGACAAAAGCAACCACUGGAGACCCUGAAAAGACGUUUAGAUGCAUAUCUUUUAAAGUCAGGUGUGACUGUUCUUAAUGUUACCCUUUCUAUAUUCAUCGAUUCUGGCAUAGCUGCUUUCUCUUUUUCAAUAUGCAACCACUUUAUUCAUGAGGAAAUGUUACAGCGUAUCUGGAAAAGAAACAUUAGGAGAGUCAUUUCCUUUGCACUGAAACGUAUUUUUCUGUCAAGAGUUAAUUGUAGUUGGAAACUGCCGCUGUGUGCUCAGAUGUAGCCAAUUUCUUGAUUUUUGUUUGGAGGGAAACCGAUGACUGUUUCCUACAAGAAGGCUUAUUUAUUUUAAAAAUGUACAGUAUUUAAAAAAAUGGAAAAAAACAAAACAAAAAACAAAACCUCUUGACACUAAAUGUACAUGGGUGAACACAUGACAAAUUUGGACUACUGAGAGUUGUGAGUGCAUGUUUUUCUGUUGGAUUGACAACAGUAUUUUUUUUUUUCUUUUUCUAAAGGAUCAUUCUGGUUGGUUGAUGUGCAAUAUGUUUUGUAUGCAGGUAGUUCUUAAAUAAAAGUUGAUCUUUCAUGUA